AUGAUAUCAGAAAAAAUUAUGGGGGUUAACAGAUUCAUCAAAAUACUGAGUGUACUGAUGUUUGUACUUUCACUAUGCAUGAAACUUACUUCAGUAUCUGCGGCUGAAGUUAGGUGCAUAGACAGGGAAAGACAAGCUCUUCUCAAGUUUAAGCAUGACCUUGUUGAUGACUAUGGCAUCCUCUCAUCUUGGGGAAGUGAAGAAGUUAAAAAGGAAUGUUGCAAAUGGAAGGGUAUCUCGUGUAGCAAGGGAACUGGUCACGUAGUUUUACUUGAUCUAAAUGUAUCUCAGUCGGUUGAUUAUUUUUAUCUGAAGGCUGCUAAGCUUAGCCUCGUACUGCUUGAGUUGCAGCAUUUGAAUUAUUUGGACCUGAGUCAUAAUGAUUUGGAGGAAGUAAACUGGUUGCAACACAUAACAAGGUUACCUUUCCUUGAGGAACUAUAUUUGUCAUCCUGUCAACUUCCCAGCACAGUACCUUCCUUCGAUAUCUUUACUAAUUCUUCUUUACCCUAUCUGUCUAUCCUUGAUUUAUCCUUCAAUGAUCUCACUUCCUCUUUUGCAUUCCACUGGUUGUUUAACUCUAGUGCAAGUCUUACUAGCAUAGACCUCUCCUAUAAUCGAAUAAAGGGUCCUAUUCCUGAUGCCGAUGGGGAAUUGAUCUUUCUUCAGGAACUUGUUUUGAGUUACAAUGUGUUCCGAGGGAUGAUUCCAAAAUCUUUGGGGAAUUUAAGUCAUUUAUAUUCACUAGACAUGUCAUACAAUGAAUUAAACGGUCCCUUGCCAAAUUUUACCAAAAUUUCAUCCUUAAGAAAUUUGAUCCUUAACAACAAUAAGCUGAAUGGGUUUCACCCACAAAGCCUUGGGCUACCUUCAAGUCUUGAAAUGUUAGAGUUAUCUUGCAACCAAUUUAGAAGGCUACCCGAAGGUAUUGAGAAACUUUCCAAGCUCACAUCUUUUGGAAUGUCUUCAAAUUUGUUAAAUGGGUUUCACCCACAGAGCCUUGGGCUACCUUCAAGUCUUCAAAGUUUAGAGUUAUCUUACAACCAAUUUAGAAGGCUACCCGAUGGUAUUGAGAAACUUUCCAAGCUUGAAUAUUUAGGAAUGUCUUCAAAUUUGUUGGAAGGUACAAUCGCUGAAUGGUACCUCUCAAACUUAGCCAACUUACAAUUCCUGGAUUUAUCCUUCAACUCCUAG